AUGAACCGCGUGCUGCAGCUGCCACUGGGCGCCGGUGCCCCGUCCGGUAUGGAGAGCUACACGCUGGGCGACGUGCUCAUCUGUAAGGCCAAUCGCGGCAAGCAGCUGGAGGUCGAGACGCUCGUGAAGACGCUGCACGCCGACGUGAACUACCGCAACCAGCAUGGAUGCUCGGCGCUGCACGGGGCAGCUGCUGCUGGUCAGCUGGACGUGGUGCAGUGGCUGGGCACGCACUGCAAUGUGGACUGGAGCGCGACGGACCACGACGACCAGACGGCGCUGCAUUAUGCAGCUUUCUAUGGACAUCUGGAGGUGGUGCAGCUGCUGGUGGAGCACGGCGUGCCGCUCGACGCUCCCGACAAGUUUGGGCGCUUGGCGCACUGCUCGGCAGCAAUCAAUGGACACUUGGACGUGGUCGCGUAUUUGCUCGAGGAGUGUCCUAGUCCCAUUGACAUUAAUGCAGCCGAUGAGUAUGGUGGUACGUGUCUGCAUUGGGCAGCAUCGAAAGGACGGAAGGAGGUCAUUCAGUAUCUUUGUAUGAAGGGCAUUGACAUCCACGUCACCAGCUAUGAUAACAAGACGGCGUACCAGAUUGCUAAGGACAAACACAAGCAAAAGUGUGUGCAGUUUCUGAAGAGCUGGUACGAGACGUCGCAGAAAUUUGUUCACGGCGCUGAAGAAGGGGACGACGAAGAAAUUGCGCGCAUCAUUGCCGAGAUCAACGGGGCAUACCCUUUGCAGUUUAUGCGCGACAAGAACGGCAAAAACGCGAUGCAUUGGGCUGCGGAGUUUGGUCAUUUGUCUACUUUGAAGCUGUUGAGUGAGCACUUUACCAUUUGGACAGACGCCGAUAAGUUUGGUCGCAACGCUUUGCACAGCGCCGCUCUUGGCGGCAACAAGGAGUGUGCGUUUUGGCUUAUCCGGAAGUCCCGAGACUCGUCGGAGUUUUCCUCACUGACGCUGACAAACAAAAGUCCGUCGCGGUGUGCGUUCGAAGCUGGUCAUAGUUCUCUCGCUAAUUAUCUCCAGGCAUGGGAGGAAGGCAAUGAUGAUUACUCAACGAACGACGAGUCAUUUGUGUCGUUGCCAGAGUGCGAGAGUGGCCGUCUCACAGGCGACGAAGAGGAACAUGUGGCUCCGCGAAGCAGAAAUAUUGAGACAGUGUACAACUGGCUUAAGCUCUUCAAGAUGGAGGAAUACGCCCAAAAUUUCGAAAAAGAUGGCUUUGACACACUGAGAGGAGUGGCCACAAUCGAUGAAGAUGAUCUCAUUGACAUGGGUGUGAAAAAGGGUCAUCGGCGUGUGGUGCUCUCACAUAUCGAGGAGUUACGCAAUCAGCUGUCGAUGUUGGACGAAAGCGCGGAAGACGCCGGGAUGGAACCGCUUUCUUCGCCGACGAUAAGCAUGCUUCCGCUCAUCGCGAAACAGUUAUCAACAUCCAGCAUCGUCAGUGCGUCUGGAGCUUCUGCAGGAGGCACCGAUACGAUCCAAACUCGAACAGAACGACGAGGAUCAGUGACGGCGUCGGUGGAUGUGUAG